AUGAUAUCAAGCUUGCUGGGCGGUUGCGCGUACGACCCUCUUUCCUGGUUGUCGUCUGGCCUUUUCAAAAAUGAAAAUUGGGCUGCUGGAUUCGAAGUUGAUGCAAAGGCGGCUGGAUUCGAAGUUGACGCAAAGGCUGCUGGAUUCGAAGUUGAUGGAAAGGCGGCUGGAUUCGAAGUUGAUGCAAAGGCGGCUGGAUUUGAAGUUGAUGCAAAGGCGGCUGGAUUCGAAGUUGAUGCAAAGGCGGCUGGAUUUGAAGUUGAUGCAAAGGCGGCUGGAUGCUUUCGAACAAAGCCGUUGGAAUCGCCAUCUUGGCCGAUGAGCACAGAUCCGCUGUUCUUUGUGUUUGACGAAAUCGGGACUUGUGUUCGUGGUAGCGGUAUUUGGAAUCCAGCGACUCCAGUCUGCUUGCAAACGGAAAUUGAGUCGCAGCAGAGGACGAGGAUAGGGGUCCGCCACAAUGCACGUUCAAUCCCUUUGCGUCCUUAUCUGCGUUGUGCCGCUGGAAGACGUUGA